GAAGAGUCCGGCGCUCGGAACGAAUUGGACUCUCAGGCCUCGAGUGCUGCGGGGUGACGGCGGGUAGGGCGUCAUCCCGCAGCCUCUUCGACGCCGUUGCGCACGGAUACCCUCAACCGCGCUUCGGAGCCGAGGGCAAAACUUGCAGGCGGCUCCCGUCAUUGCCGAUGGGAGGCUCGGAUGUCAAGAAUGGAUGGCGGCUUCAUCAAGCAUUGCUUUGCGGAUGAAAAGAGUCCAUGCAGAAAUGGGCAGUCUUGCUCCAAGGCAUGUGAGUCAAAACUCUCCCUCCCUCCCUCUCUCUCUCCCUCCCUAUCUCUCUCCCUCCCCUUCUUCCCAGCUGGGCUCGCUUGCGCUCGGCACACGCUCCCUCACACGAGCGCCGAGGCUCUGCGAUCCAGACGCUGUAACUUGGCGCCUCGGAGAGAGGACGCAGCCAAGGGAAGACAGAGCAGGCGUUUAAUCGGGAGCCUUCCGCCCCACGCGUGACAUCGAGUGAGACUAGUGCGAGGGGCGGCGGUGUACAGCAGAAGCUCCCGGUUAUCACAGCAUAGGAGUUUGCCUCAAAACCGAGAAACACAGAGCGAGAGAGAUAGAGAGAGAUUAAGACACGGCGGCACAAAAGAGUGCACAUGCGAAGCCGACGCAGCAGUGACGAGAUGAGCCGCCGCCUCCUCCUCCUCCGUCCGGCGGGUGACACCGAGCCGAGGCUGCGCUGGCUUUGGUGACUCUUUGCAAGGAGGUGAGCGGCGCAGAUCCAGAGGACGGACUAUCCAGGCACGAAAAGAAGAGAGCAGCCCUCCGAUUUUUCUUCCGGGUCGGGCUCGUCUACAAUCCUAGGGAGAAGGCUUUCUUCGCUAUGGGCGAAUUUCAAGACGCCUGAGUCCGCCGUUCCAACCGAGCCUUGGUCCUCCUCAACUCGCUCUCAGAAUGGCCUGUUUUUUGGCGGUGUGGGUCAGUCUCAGCGUCCUGUUGCUGUCGCAGGCUACGCUCUACCAGUCCAUCCAGCAGCACCACGUGGCCCGGCCCGCCCGCACCGACAUUCUCACCCUGGAGGGAGGUACGUGUGAGGUGAUUGCGGCCCACCGAUGCUGUAACAAGAAUCGCAUCGAGGAACGCUCUCAGACCGUCAAGUGCUCCUGUUUACCAGGCAAAGUGGCAGGAACAACACGCAACAAACCCUCCUGCGUGGAUGCUUCCAUCGUAAUUGGGAAAUGGUGGUGUGAGAUGGAGCCGUGUCUGGAGGGAGAAGAGUGCAAGACUCUGCCCGACAAUUCCGGAUGGAUGUGCUCCUCCGGGAAUAAAAUCAAGACCACAAGGAUUCAUCCAAGGACCUAACGAGGAGCUCCCUUCGCAGGACUCUGCGCCAGCUCUUUUCUCCUCACCUACCCUUUCUCUUCCUGACGGCUGGUGUAAAACGAUGACAUCCAAAGGCUGGUGACUGGAUUACCCGGGACCAGAGAAAGGAUACCCGGCUCGAUAAAACAGCUUUGCUCGCGCGGCGCCAAGGAUUUUAAACCGCACUAAUUCCCUGUUUGAUCAAGGAGCCCCGUGUUGGUGAAUCUCACCACUGACUCGCUCCCGCUUCCCGCUCACCCGGUGCGACGAGCAUGAACCGAGGCAGCCCGGUCGGGGUCAUUUCGAGGUGGUUUGAACAUGAUGUGAAGACUUUCACCGCGCACGUCGAAAGGCUAAAGACACGGAAUAGCUCGCGCCGACCUGAGUGCGGAACUAAAAGCACAAAGGCGGGAAAUGACCCCGACGACAUUUUCGCUCUGCGCGGAGAGCUGCCUUUGUGUUUGACUUGGUUCCAAGACGGCUUUUCUCGGCACUGCCUCCGACUGGGAAAGCAUGAGCAGCCUAUCAGGAGUGAAUUGAGAUUUUCUUUUUCUUGGGGGGCGGGACUCCAAGGUCUGCCCUGAUGGCCUCACCUUUGUGGCCACUCACAAACAUUUGAUUUGACUUCUUGACCUUGAAGGCAUGUACAUUCUACAGCUCUACUUUUCUUUGUAUGUAAGGACACGCGUACGUUUGCGUGUGUGUGUGCGUGUGUCUCUAAUGAUAUAAUUAAAAUCCAUCUACGGCAGCAGAUCCGGGUAAAAGUGCAAUUCAUUCAUGUGGAAAGCCCGACAUUGACGUGUAUAACUACGACUGCUUCAUUUGUCCUGAAAAAGAUCAAAAUAAGUGUGAAAAUAACCGUCUGUCACUGGUCCUUUUGCAUUGUUGCUGGUCCAGCGCGAACGUGCUAGUAAAUGUGAGGAAAACAAUGUACUGUGGAGGACUGCCUCUGGAAACAACAUUGUGUGAGCUUUCCACUCAGACUGGCGAGCAGACCGCGCAGGAACACUUGAGUGUGUCUCUCGCUGCCGAACGUGGUCAUCGGUAAUCUGUGAGCCGCGUCAAUGUACUUUUCACGCGCCAGACUGGGACAAUUUAGGUGAAAGAUUCCCAAACACAGAGCGCCGGGAUUGACAAACGCAGACAGAAAUGCCAUUAUGCCCUCGGAGAGAUCCGAGGACAUUGCGGGAGAGGUUCCACAGAAAUAAAAAUGCUUUUCGAUUGCGA